AGGCAUAAUAUAUGCACUCCAAAACUAACAAAAUAAAACGCAUUGUAUUUCACCAUUAUUGCUUCCUCGCCUACUCGAACUACCCACAUCGAGAAAUGUCAAGCAGAGAAACAAACCCCAACGGAAUCUGCAAAAACAUCCCAAAUCUCAUCUCCUCCUUCGUCGACACCUUCGUCGACUACUCCUUCUCCGGCAUCUUUCCGCCGCACGAUCCCACUCCACCGCACGAGAUCCCGCAAACGCGUUUCGAGAAACCUGACCGCCUCGUCGCAAUCGGCGAUCUCCACGGCGAUCUCGAGAAAUCCAAGGAAGCGUUCAGACUCGCCGGAUUGAUCGAUUCGUCUGACCGAUGGACAGGCGGAUCCGCCAUGGUGGUUCAGGUCGGCGACGUGCUCGAUCGCGGCGGAGAUGAGAUGAAGAUUCUCUACUUCCUCGAGAGGCUGAAGCGAGAGGCCGAGAGGUCAGGAGGUAAGAUCGUGACUAUGAACGGGAACCACGAGAUCAUGAACGUAGAAGGUGACUUUAGGUAUGUUACCAAGAAAGGAUUAGAGGAAGUUCAGGUUUGGUUAGAUUGGUAUUGCUUAGGGAACGAGAUGAAGAGCUUGUGCCAAGGUCUUGAGAAUGUUAAAGAUCCUUACGAAGGGAUCCCCACGUGCUUCCCACGUGCUAAAGCCGAGUGCUUCGAAGGGAUUAGAGCUAGGAUCGCUGCGUUGAGACCUGAAGGUCCCGUUGCGAAGAGGUUCUUGUCCAAGAAUCAGACGGUUGCUGUUGUUGGAGACUCGGUGUUUGUUCAUGGAGGUCUUUUAGCUGAGCAUAUAGAGUAUGGGCUCGAGAGGAUCAACGAGGAGGUUAGGGGUUGGAUUGGAGGAGGAGGAGGGAGGUAUGCGCCUGUGUAUUGUAGAGGAGGGAACUCUGUGGUGUGGUUGAGGAAGUUUUCUGAUGAAACGCCUCAUAAAUGCGAUUGUUCGGCGCUUGAGCAUGCGCUUUCGACUAUUCCUGGUGUUAAGAGGAUGAUCAUGGGGCAUACGAUACAGGACGGUGGGAUCAACGGUGUUUGUGAUGAUAAAGCUAUUAGGAUUGAUGUGGGAAUGUCCAAGGGGUGUUCGGAUGGGUUGCCUGAGGUUUUGGAGAUCCGCAAGGACUCUGGUGUGCGGAUCGUUACAUCGAAUCCGUUGUAUAAGGAGAAGGGUGGUGAGAGUAAAAUGGGUCUUGGGUUGUUGGUUCCAGCUGAACAUGUUCCUAAGCAAGUUGAAGUCGAAGCUUAAAAAGAUCUAAUCUAGUUGGUAUUCUCUUGUUUAGGUGAAUGAUUCCUUUUGCUAUUGAAGCUGUAUUGGAUUCUUUGUAUGAACUUCAGCAGAUUCUUGUGCUCUUCUUGGAGCAUGAUUGUAGUUUCAAUUUAUCAGAAACUUUACGCAAUGUUUGUAACAAUAUAAUCUAAUUUAGAUUCUUAUUUGAAUUU